ACUUAUGAUGUUAAUCAGGUCUUCCUCUUUGUGAACAUGGAAGUGGGAAAUCACACCAUUCUGACUGAAUUCAUCUUGCUGGGCUUCUCUGUAGACCCUCAGUGGCAGUUGAUUCUAUUUGGAGCAUUUCUAAUGCUCUACUUGGUAACCUUAUUAGGGAACAUGACCCUGGUUAUCUUAAUUUGAACUGAUUCCCGGCUGCAUACACCCAUGUACUUUUUCAUUUGUGGUUUGUCUUUUUUGGAUUUCUGGUAUACCUCUGUGUAUACCCCUAAGAUAUUGGUCAAUUGUGUCUCAGAAGAUAAGCAGAUUUCCUUGUCUGGAUGUGGGGCUCAGUUUUUUUUUUGUGUGUGUGUUGCUGCCUACACUGAGUGCUAUCUGCUGGCAGCCAUGGCUUAUGACUGCUAUGUGGCUAUUUGUAACCCACUGCUUUACUCAGGUAUCAUGUCCACUUCUCUCUGUACUGGGCUUGUAUCUGGCUCUUACAUAGGAGGGUUUUUGAAGGCCAUAGCCCACACUGCUAACACAUUCAGACUAAGUUUCUGUGGUAGUAAUGUUAUUGACCACUUUUUCUGUGAUGUGCUCCCUUUGGUAAAAACAUCCUGUACAGACACCAAGAUGUACGUGAAAAUCCUUUCCAGUAUGGUUGGCUUCACAGUCCUCUCCUGCCUUCUUGCUAUUCUCAUUUCCUAUUUUAAUAUUCUCCUGGCUAUCCUGAGGAUCCACUCAGCCUCAAGAAGACAAAAGGCUUUCUCAACCUGUGCUUCCCACCUAGUCUCUGUCACACUCUUCUAUGGAUCCUUGCUCUUCAUGUAUUCAAGGCCCAGUUCCAAGUACUCCCUAGAGAGAGACAAAGUGGCUGCCUUGUUCUACACCAUCAUAAAUCCAUUGCUAAACCCCCUCAUCUACAGCCUGAGAAGCAAAGAUGUCAAAGAAGCCUUCAAGAAAGUAACACAGGCCGUAAGACCAGAAGUAUCAUGGUAA